AGGAGGGCCUCUAUGAUGCGUUUCCGGCAGCGGAGGGGAGAGGGGGCUUUGUAAAAAGGACGGUGUUGCGCAUGCGCGCCUAGAGGCAUCCGCUGGACCGGCCAGCGAGAGGAUGCUGCGGAGGAAGCCCACCCGGCUGGAGCUGAAGCUGGACGACAUCGAGGAGUUCGAGGGGGCCCGCAAGGAGCUGGAGGCGCAUAAAAAGCAGCGGGAAGAGGUUGACAUGGUGGGAACCAAUGAGGGCGAAGGGGCCCUGGCGUUGAAUCCCGAUCCCAAGAGCUGGGAGCAAGUUAUUCAUGACCGGAUCGGCUACAAACCUCAGCCGAAACCCAGCAACCGUUCGUCGCAGUUUGGGAACUUCGAAUUCUAGAGCGAUGGGGCGGAGCGGGGUUGCACCACUGUCUCUCUGCGGAGCGUGCUUUAGCGAAGAUUAUGACAAGCUGAUUUACGAUGAGAACAGAUGGAGGAGCCAUAAGGAUUUUUAUCCUUCUGGAAGAUAAAAGACUUUUCUAUUC